GCUAGUCUUUUUUCAUGUAUUUAGUCUUUUACUACUUUUCUACAUAUUGGACUUGAUCUUUUUUAAACAAUUUGAAGUUCUUUAGAGUCUCAGUAAUGACCUACCAUAAACCUCAUAAAAAUGGCUUAUUACAGCUCUGCAUCAUCUCAACAGAUUUCAUCCAUUAGUCGUCCACGGCUGCACGUCUCUUGUCCAUCUUUUUUACUCUACAGCUCUCUUAUCUAUUUAUACCCAUAACUUAGCCCAUCCAAGGCCUCCUGAACAAAGAUGCCCUGCAUUCCUGAAAUUUUGAUGACAGGCUGUUCCAGGUACCAAGGAAAGAAAAGCCAUACAAGAUAUAAAGGAGUAAAACAGAGGCCUGCGAGUCGAUGCUGGACAGAAUCCGACUUCAGUUCCUGUCGACGAGAACCCGCCAUUCCGAGGAAAACGAAACUUAGACAAAGGCACAACGCCGAGCGCGGGAGACGGCGGCGCGAGGACGACGCGGGGCGCGAGAGAGAAUCUUCGGCAAGUUCACCUUUCUUUUCCUCAGAGGAUACCAGCCUUAUGGCUUCUCAACUCUCAGAUAAAAUAAAAGAAGAUUUUCUGGAGUGCAAGAUCUGUUUUGAGGUGUACCAGACACCUCGCACCCUGAGCUGUCUUCACUCGUUCUGCGAGCCAUGUCUUCGGCAGUUGCUCGACAAGGAGAAAGGAACUGUGACCUGUCCCGACUGCCGGACGGUCAGUGACCUUCAGGGCAACGUCCAAAAUGCCAAAGCCAGCUUCUUUAUCAACAGCCUCCUAGACCUGUUCCAUUCCAAAACCACCAAAGAGACAGUCUGUUCUGUGUGCCUGGCCUUGGGAAAGAAUAACGUGUCCGCCUCAUCCCGGUGUCUAGACUGUGCCGAUUUCCUGUGCUCAUCCUGCGCCCAAAGCCACUGUCUCUCCAAGCUCACUCUGGACCAUGGGGUGGUGAGUCUUACCGAUUACAUUGCGGGGUGCCACGAUGAAGAGGCCAGACUCAAGCUGGAGCGGCGCUGUCAGAGUCACGGCGAGCCGCUAAGGUUCUACUGCGACACGUGUGCAGUCGCCAUCUGCAGAGACUGUCGCAUGCUGGAGCACUUCUCUCACCAGGUACAAUCCUUGGUUCAAGCUGCUACAGCCAGGAAGCCCCAGUUAGAGCAGCUCAUCAGCAGUCUGGAUGGCAAUAUAGAGUCUCUCUCUCAAAAGGAGAAGGAGGUGGACUCUGCCAUACAGGAGCUGAGGGAAGCGCACGCGGUUGUUGAAGAUCAGAUUUCCGGACACCUGUCUGCCAUCAUAGAGCAGCUUUUUGCACAAAAGGAAGCGUUCACCAAGGAUCUGGCCCUCUCCGUUGAGGAGCAACAGCAGAAAUACCUGUCCAUCAAAGAGGACUUGCAGCGUCUGGUCAGCUCUGCGCAGAAUACAAGAGACUUCUCCUCACAAGUAUUGCAGAAAGGAAAAGACUGUGAGAUUCUGGAUUUGGAAGGGACUAUUCAGGGACAAAUUGAGCGACUCCAGAAAGUAAGUGUUCCGGAAAUUGCAAACAAAAUUCCUGUGUUGGGCGUGAACGAAGGGUCUGACAUAGACUGGUCCUUCAGUAAAAUGUUCAAGUUGAGUUUUGGCACUUCCAGCUUGUCAACAACUGAUCCAAAAGCCUUUGACACUGAUGCUGACACUGAGACAAAGGUUUUAACUCAGACAUCUGCUGAGACAGUCCCUCCACAACCUGCUGUUCCUCCAGCAUCACAGCUGUGUGAGCCACAGCCCCAAAAAACAUUUCAUAGUCCAGUUGAACAACAGCUCUUGAAUCCUCCAACUGUUUUCAGUUUAAUACGUACUAUUGCUGUAGAUGAUGCUUGCAAUCCACUUGAGGAAAACAUAACUGGAAUGAGUUUGUUCCCAAGUCGGGACAUUGUCAUCGCUGACAACGCCAACUUUGUGAUAAAGCGCGUUGUUAGAAAUGGAGACAUAAGGAAAACAAUCUACACUGCACACAGAGGUUGGAAUAACCUUGACCCUUUCAGCAUUGCAGUCUGUGAUGACAGCAUUUUUUUCACUUCUGGGUGUAGACUGUACAGGAUCCCAGAUGAAGACGACGACGACUUUAUCCAAGUUUGCAAUUUGCGUGGGUCCCAUCAGGAGUACAGCAUCACUGCUUACAAAGACGAAUAUAUAGCUGUAAGCGAAGGAACCAACUGCUCUCUGUCUCUGUAUUCACCUGAAGGUGUUUUGGUUGACAGAGUUUCACCCCCUUCUUCUGAUGGCAAGUUUGUGUUUGUAGCUGUGAACAGCAAAGAGGAGUUCAUUGUUUCUGAUACUAAAAGAAAAUGUGUUCUUCUUAUUAGCCGUAAUGGAAACAUCCUGAACACAUGCAGUUUGAGUAAUUUUAAUCCCACAAGUGUUUGUGUGGACAAGUACGACAACAUUUAUGUCGUAGAUGGCAAGAAGAUUUUUCUGCUGACACCAUCAGGGGUUUUCUUACGUCAGUUAUUCCAUUUUAAAUCAUACACACCAAAGCUAAUAACUUGUGACCAAUAUGGGCAUCUCAUCGUAGCUAACAGAGUAGGGACAAUCAGGAUUUACAAAGAAACAUUUUUAUUUUAAAACAAUUGGCAGUGAGUUACACUGUACAAAAACCAAGUUUGGGACAUACACCCUUCUUUACUAUUUUCCUCAGGGAGACAGCAUCAGCAUUUUAAAAAAUGAUCCUUUCGCAAAUAUUUUUCUGUGCAUCUAAAUAAUAUAGAGAAUGUAUUUUUUUUUUUCCUCAGAAAUAUAAACUGUCUUUCCUGUUGUCUCAAGUGUUAAGAAAAAUUAAAAA